AACCUACCUGCGUAGGUAAUGAGAUGAGAGCACAGGGUUUACGGCUCAUAAUUAUUAUUAACAAUAUUAUUAUAUUAUGCCCAAUUAGUCCAAAGAGGAGAUGGAAGAAGAUCGGCCGUAUUGCUGGUCUUUGGUCUGCCUUUAUAAGACAUACGCUAGCCCGUGCAAGGACGACUGAGAGGGAGAGGCAGAACUGAAGAGAAAAGGGUUGGCAAGUCGAUAUCUAGCUAGCUAGCUUAGCUAGGGAAAGAGUUUGCCUUUCUCCAGCCGAAUUAAGAGAUCGAGCUAGCUAUAGCUAUAGCUGGUUUUCUGUCAAACGGCCAGGGGAAGAUGAUCAAGGGAGAGACCUGGCGGCAGCUUGGCAACCAUGAAGACCGGUUGAAAGGCGAGAUGAAAGAUGACCAUCGAGUCUCAGAUGACAGUUUUUUCAAGACAUUACAAAACCAAUCAAGCACAACAAAAGAGGUUCAACAUGACAGGCUUGCAUCCACAAGGGCAGAGAUGGGUGAAGUGAGGCAAGAGAACGAGAGGCUCAAGACGAUGCUAUCUCGCAUCAUAGAGGACCAUCGAUCUCUUCAAAAGCACUUCAACGACGUUCUGCAGCAAGGACGAGAGAAGAAGCUCGCCGGUCGAUCGCCCGCUGACGUCGAGGAGACCGAACUCGUCUCGCUGAGCCUCGGCACGAGCACGAGCACGAGCAGCAGGUGGUACACCACGGAAGAGAAGAGCAGUACCAUUGCAGAAGGCCAAGGCAGACAACUAGGCCUUCUGAAGAUUAGACAAGGAGCUGCAGGCAUCUCCCUUGGCCUGUCAGCAGGCUCCCAAUUAUCUGGUGCAACUGAUCAGAAGGUGCCCCGGCCGGAUGUGCUGCUGAGCUUGAGCCCUGAAGGCAGCUCUGAGGAGACAGCCAAGGAUGCCGACGACACAACGGCGUCGAUGGAACAGUGGCCUGCGCCGAGCCAAACGGCCAAGAGCUCGAGGAGUGGGGCCGGCACCGGCGGCACGGAAACCGAGGAUGAGGUAGCCCCACAGGCGCCAAUGGUCAAGAAGGCCAGGGUCUCAGUGAGGGCAAGGUGUGACGCACCAACGAUGAAUGAUGGGUGCCAGUGGAGGAAGUAUGGUCAGAAGAUAUCCAAGGGGAACCCGUGCCCGCGCGCCUACUACCGGUGCACCGUCGCAGCAGGAUGCCCAGUUAGGAAGCAGGUGCAGAGAUGCGCGGAGGACAUGUCGAUCCUGAUCAGCACGUACGAGGGGAGGCACAAUCACCCGCUGUCCGCCUCCGCCUCCGCCAUGGCCUCCACCACCUCCGCCGCCGCCUCCAUGCUCCUCUCCGGAAGCUCCUCUUCCUCCCCCGGCCUAUUAUUCCCCUCCCCCAGCCUCAGCUUCGGCGGCCUCCCGGCGACGUCCAUCACCGCCGCCCCAUCCGCCUCGUCUCACCCCACCAUCACCCUCGACCUCACCUCGCCGCCAACACCGGCCACCGCCUCUCACUCUCACUCGCCCUUCUCCUUCAGCAGCAGCAGAUUCUCCUCCAGCUUAUUAUUCAACGGCAGCGGUGGCAGUUCUAGGUACCCUCCGUCGACGAGCUUCUCCUUCUCCGGCUCCGGUUCCACCAACGCUACUACUACCGCGGCAUGGCCGGCCACGGGCGGGUACUUGAGCUACGGGCAAUCACCGCCGUCGUUGUCAGGAUCCUCGUCCUACAACAACGCCGGCAAUGGCAAUGGCAUCGUUGUCCAAGGAAGGCAAUUGCAGUUGCAGCAGCAAGGCGGCUCAACGUCAGCGGCACUGUACCAGCAGCAGCGGCUGGCAGUGGUGCCGCCGCAGGUGGACACGAUCGCGAAGGUGAUCACGUCGGACCCAGGGUUCCACACGGCGCUCGCAGCUGCCAUCACGUCGUACGUCGGCACUACUAAGCCGGCGGUGACGCCACCGACGGGAGGAGGAGGGCUCGAGUGGGGGGAGCACCUCGGGCUGGGGCCGGCAUCAGCAUCGGCGGUGGAGAGCGGGAAGGCGCCCUUCUUGCAGCCGUCGCGGGCAUUGUCAGGCUCGACGAGUGGCACUGCUUCCAUGUCUCCGGUGAAGAACAGGGAGCACACAUUAGCUGAAGGUUUAUGAAUGGAUUUUUAGUGCUGGAGUUUGAUCAUUUAAUUGGUGGUGCAGAUGUAUAUAUGAUCCCAUAUAUGUAUAUCCUAACCGUAGCAUAAAGAUGUGUUGAUUACAUUGAUCAUCCAGUGUAAACAUGCAAAGCAGAUAAUUUAACAUUUUGAGUUUUGUGGA